CCUUGCAAAGCGGGUGCUGCAAGAGCCGCUCCUCAGGCGACUCGCGCGUUUCUCCCCAGCUUCCUCCCCCCUGGCAGCGCCCGCGGGACCGCGCUCGACUCCGCCUCCUCUUCGUCUUGCCUCAAGGUGCCUGGCUCUCUCUUCCCGCCUCCUACUAAAGCCGCCGAGCCCCUUGCCGCCCCUGGUGUGCAAGCGGCGACCCUCGAGGGACUUGAUUGGUUGGAGUUCCGGAAAGGUUUUCUCAAGGGGCUCCCUGGCGCUGUAACGCACCUGACUACUCCGUUCAGGAGAGAGACGGACUGGACUGGAGUUUGCCUACGGCGCCAAGAUUGUGGAGUGGAACUCUCAAUCAGCAGUUCUUACAAGGCAAAGAUUAGAUUGAGAUGUUGCAGAAUGUUCUAAGGUCAGUGACAGAAGGAGUUGAAUAUUAUGCGUUGGAACAGGAGGUAGAGAGACUAGGACAGCUGAAUUUCCAACUUGCUCUCUAGGUGACUGCCACGUGAUUUUUACAAGGACAAUGGAUAUCAAGCUACAGGAGAUGGAAGUAUUUGGAGAGGAAAGUUCAGGGAAGAAAAAGUCAAAAUUCAUAUCUCUGAAAAAGUUAUUUGGGAAAAGGAAAAGGAAAGAGACAUUGUCCUCUCCAGGAAGUGGUAGUCUGAAACCAUGCCAGUCCAUAAACGAUGUCGCCUCUCGGGCCAUGCACAUAGACUACGAUUCUGAAGAUGAACUUGAGAUGCACAAAGGUAUUAUGGGGAGCAGAGCCUUGUCACAUGACAGCAUUUUUAUUCCUGACACGACACAAGAACCUCCUAGGCCAGGCCGAGUAUUUUCUCAGGAAAAUGUUUCUGAUCGGAUUAGGGCAUUGCAGUUGAAGCUCCAGCAGAAUUGGAAAUUAGGAGUGUCGUCUCCAUUUGGAAUGCCUUCAAAGAGAGUGGAUGAUGCUGGGAUGAGUUCAGAGGAUGAUGGGUUACCCAGAAGUCCACCAGAAGCAUCUUUGCUGCAGGAAAUUUUAAAUCCCUGUACAACUAAGUUCUCUGACUCUCACAAGCAUCUUAGCUCUUUGAGUUUAGCUGGAACAGGCAGUGAAGAAGAAGAACAGGUCACAUCGAUUCCAUUGAGACCCUGUUCUACCGAAAGCCAGCUAUUCCCUAGGCAGUCAAGUGCUAAAAUUAUAGCUCUGCAAACAUCUGACUGCAGCCUCUCACCUCCUGCUGAUUUUGAUACCCCGCCUGAGUUCUCUGCUUGCUUGGAUAAUUCAGCUGCUAAGCACAAGCUUUUAAUAAAACCACGGAACCAGAGAUCUAGUAAAACAAGACAACCACUGUCGAGGAACCUGGCUGCAUCUCAGAAUGACUUGAGGUGUACUCAUGAGAAAAAUGAAUGUGAAAAGAAAGAUCUGCUGGCUGAAUUGACCCAUGAAGCUGGCAGUUCCAGUCAUCAGGAAGUGAUAAAAAGUACAGUUGUAUCAAACAAUACAGUGUAUUUCCAUACACCCCAAACAGCAAAAGGUCUUCAGCGUAACUUGGGUCACCAAAAUGAAAAGGUUUGCAUGCUGCACUCUGCUUCUAAACUGGACUCUCCUUGUGAAAAUAAUCUAGAGGACUGCCAAACUACGCAAAAAUUGUUUUACACUACAUCAUUGCCAUCAUCAUCCAAAUCGAAAGAAGAUACAACCACCCAAAAUGUUACUUUAGCCCAAGAAUCACAAAAGGAAAAAGAGCACUCUGAAACCCUAAAGAUGAACUCUGGGAAUUUAAAUGGGAUGUCACUUGGUGUGUUAAACCAAGAAAAGAGACAGACAGAUUGCAUGCCUUCAGAGAAUGACAUGCUGCCUGACAAGGACAUCUCUACUGAAAAUGAUAUACUCCCUGCAUUAGUUGGAACAGGAAAAAAUGUACCAAAGGAUGCUAAGGUGCUUAUGGAAGAUAUUUAUAAUACAGAGUCUCCUUCAUUGCCGAAUUCUAUCAAUCUUUUACCAAAAAGUCCUUUCCAGCUUACAGAUACAGCCUACCCUGAGAGUAGUAAUUCUUCUCAGUCUUCAUGUACAUCACGUACAGAUGAACCUUACUCCUUAGCUCUAGACAAAAUGAAACCAACUCAUGAGUUUCCUGUGUCAGACAAGGAGAACAAUCAUCCAGCAGUGCCUCGUAUGUUGAUUUUGGGAUGGAAAGCAGAGAAAGCAACCAGCGAGCCCAGUGCCUUGAGAAAAUUUUCUGUGUCGUCAGCCCAAGGGAGAUCAAGAGCUAGCAGCAUGAACGUGAAGGACAAUUCAAAGUGUGAGAGUCCAUUAAACAUGCAGAUAUUGCAAUCUAAAAUAAAAAACCCCUCAAGGAAUGAGUACCUGAAGGAUGAUGCGCAGGUGAAUUCUUCACAGGAGAGAAAAAACCGUUCUAAUCAACAGGCAUCAGAAUCGGAAAUUGCUGAGAGAACACUAGAGAGAACAGUGGUUGGCUUGCUGUCUCAGGCUGGGAGUUCAAAACCAGUGUUGAGUAACUUUGGUUCUGGUCUGCCACAGCAAUCCAAUGCUGGCCAGUCAAGUUGUGAGGACAGAAGUCCCUUUCAAGGCAAACUUAGAUCCACUUCUUUAUCAGUAAAAUACAGAGACAACUCCUCAGAGGAAUCCAAGGAGCUUAAAAGAUACAGUGCAGAGUUUAAUUUAGAAAAAGGACUGCCUUCGCUAAAAGAUGAAAAAGCAGAGAUCAGGAAAACAACUGACAUACCUAUCAGUGACUUUUUAAAUGAAAGCCUCAAAACUAAAACAAAAUCCUCUGAACAGUGUAGCACAAAACCUCCAUUGCCAAGGAAGCCUAUUUUGCAACACUUCAUAAUUACUGGCACUAUAAACACAAGCCUAGAAAAGCAAGAAAAGAGAACCAAAUAUCCUGAACUCAAAAACGAAGACUAUGAUUUGGAGAAAAAAACAAGGCCAUCUGAAUUACCUGAGAAAAGUGUGCCUUCUCCUGUAGUUACUGCAGAUGCUAUAAGAGGAACUGAAACACAGACAACGCCAACCUGGAUCACCAUAGCAAAACAAAAGCAAAGAGGUACAGAAAAGGAGCUUAGCAGAGAAGAGAAACCCGUGGCUCAGGAUAAGGCAGAUGCAGAAAAACAAACAAAAGAGGAGAGAGUGGAGGAAGUUGUGAGGCAACAGAGAGAUUUCACCCGGAACACAAUCUCGCCUUUGCCACCCACAGUUCCUUCUGAAGAACAGAAGAAAGAGACAAAGCCUGAUACGCAGGAGUCUCUGACAAGAGGAGGCUUGCUGUCACAUCACAGCCCUGUGUCGACUGAAAAAGAAGCUAUAAAGCCAGUGAAGAAAAUCGGGCAUUCGUCUCCCGAUCAGCCCUCAUGGAUGGAGCUUGCCAAAAAGAAAUCUCAAGCUUGGAGCGAUAUGCCUCAGAUGAUAAAAUAGAGCAAGCAUUUUACAUUGGUAUUAGUUGCUACUUAAGAUAAUUUUUCAGAAAAUGUCAAUAAGAAUAUUUUUUUAAAGUUUGUGAUGAAAGCUGUGGUAUGUCAAAGGGUUGUGAUACAAGGGUAUGGAGGAAGCAUAGUUGAUUGUAUAUAUAUGUAUAACCUCUCUGUAGCAAUAGAGACUAUGCUAGAAAAGUAGUACAAAUGUUUAUCGCUUAUUUCGAAGAAGAGGUGAAUUGCACAGCUGGGGCCUUCAGGGCACAGGAGCAAAUGCAUUUCCACUAGAUUCAUUGUCAGUAUUGGGGCUGUCGGAAGCAGAGCAGUCGUUUCCAUUAAAGAGAAAGUGUGGGCACUUAGUCGCAUACAUUUUGAGUUUUUAAAUUACACUUUCGCAGAGAUGGUUUCUCUAACUAAGAAUUAAAACAUACAUUGAAGGACCCUACUCAUAUUGAUUUUACACGAUCCAAUGUUGUUGGUGAGCAGCAUGAAUUCUGCUCUCUUUGUGCAUGCAUUUCAUUACAGAUGAUCACUGGGGUUUUGUUAGUAUGCAUUAUAGUGUUGGAAACAUUGGAGAUUUUUCUGUUACUAUAACUUGGGUGCCUUUCGAUACCAGUCAUCUAAUAAGAAUAGACGCAGUGGGAUACCAUGUAAAAUACUUUUGAGACAAUAGAAACAAUAUUCAGAUUUUGUCUAUGGGUUGCUGCUUUAAUGUCCUCAACAUUCUUGAAGGUGUGAUAUUAACUUAAUUGUAAUACGCAAGAAGCAGUAAAUCAGUAGCAGGGUGUAUUCAUUAUAUGUAGAAGAUUCAGCUGGGCAGCAACUCUGAUUUUUAGAGCAGAUUCUCACGUUGAAAGACAGCUCACAUUCUCACCACACACCUUUAAAGGGUAGGGCAUUAAUAUAAUAGUAAUUAUCUCAAAUUAAUUAUUUGUGUUUGGUUAAAGUUGGCAAUACAGUAUCACUGUUAAUCUGAGCUGAAGGUGGUUAUCUCCAGAUAGUUGUGCUGCUUGGGGUAAACUUGCACAUGCAUUUAAGAUGUGAGUCCAUUAUUUCAGUGCUGAGUGUUCUAUGUAGAGAUGUGUGUUUGAAGUGCUUGCACCUGGGUGAUUUUCAGCAACACAUUGUAUUAAAUUAUUAAACAUUGUUGAAGGAAAUACUGGCUUCCCUUCAGAAUAUUAUCAGAAACCACCGAAAUCACAUAUCUUCAGUCACACAACUGUACAUAUAGUGCUGAACACUUGCAAAAUGAGAGAUGCAUAUUCAAAGAGAGUUUUUUAUUUUUGGUACUUACUAACACAUCUCAAGCUGAACAUUUGUACAAAACUGUUUCAUGUUCUGCUUACUUGGUGUCAGCUAAGUGCUUCAGUUUGACAGAUCAGAUCUGCAGAACAAACAUACAUCUAGACAAAAUGCAUUUACUACAGGGUAAACACUUACUAAGGAAUUUGGAUUAUACUGUAGUUUCAUGUCCAGAAGUAGUACACCAUGUUCUGUUACGUAACUGCAAAAAAAAAUUACUUUGUACAUGAUCAAAUCUACUGAAAAAAAUAAAAGGCAGUAUGUGUGUACAGUAUAUAGAGAAAAUAACUGCUAGUUAAAUCAUAAUACAAAUAAUGAAAGUGAGGAGUUGGUUUUUUCUUUGCUGUUGAGCAAACAUUUACUGUAUAUGAACAUUUCUGCAUAUGGAUUAAAAUGUAAGGCCAGUUUUGGACUGAGAGCAUUUGUGAUUCUAAAUAGUUCCAUACUCUGUAAAUUUAAUUGUGUUUUUAAAAGAUCUUUCAAAUGCUUUGUAGAUGUUGUGACUUGUAUUAUAUCCCGUGUUGCUGCAUGUAAUGUCACCUACCUCCUCCUAACUUUCAUCACUGUAAUGUGAUACACAAGCUACCCAUGUUUAGUUGCAAGCAAAUCCUAUUAAGCUCAAUUUGUCUGAUUUUUCCUUGUAAUUGUGGGUUAUAACACUGUAAUACUUAUGAGAGUAAGUCUCAUUGAACUUAGUUGGGCUUACUGCUAAGUAGACAUGCAUAGGAUUGUGCUGCAAGUUUUAAAAUGUCUUUCAACUAAAUUAUUUUUAAUGUUGUAUAGAGAACUGUAAUAAACUCUCUAAGUCCAGAA